AUGAACACAUUUGCAAAAUCACUGACUGCAACGGGCCUGGCCUUGUCGAUCAGCCUCGGCGCCCAAGCCGCCACGCACUAUGAGCAGUUGGCCGAUCUGCCGCUUGCCGGCGGCUACCCGACACUGGAGGGCGUGGCACAACUGCAAAACGAAUUGCUGUUCCAGCGCGCCGUGCAGUCGUACAUCUGGGCACUGCCGGCGUUGAACAUGUACGCCAUGAAAGAAGGCUCGGAAAAAACCUUCGGUGCCGGCUACAACGUGCUGCCGAUCUGGAAGGAUCGCCUCAACGCCAAGACCCGCGUCACCACGCCCAAUUCCGACGUGAUCUAUGCCAUGGGCUAUCUGGAUCUCAAGCAGGACGGCCCGAUGGUGAUCGAAGUCCCGCCAGGCUUGCAGGGCAUUCUCGAUGACUUCUUCCAACGGCCGAUCUGCUCCGAGGGCCAGAUCGAAGCUCGCCAAUGGUGUGGUGAUGUCGGGCUGCCGGGACCGGACAAAGGCAAGGGCGCCAAGUAUCUGGUGCUGCCACCGGACUACAAGGGCGAGGUACCGCCGGGCUACCUGACUUACCGCUCGCGCACUUACGGUGUGUUCGUGUUCUGGCGCGGAUUCUUCAAGGACCCGAAACAACUGGAGGCACCGGUCGCAGUCAUGGAGCAGACGCGCAUCUAUCCGCUGGGCAAACAGGCCACGGCCAAAGCGAUGGAAUUCCCCAACGCCUCGAAAACUCCGGUCAACAUGCUCUACCCCUCCGACGGCGGUGCGUUCGACAUGCUGUCGCGGUUCAUCGAUCACGAAUACGUUGACCCGCAAGACAUGGAAAUGCGCGGCAUGCUCGCCGCUCUGGGCAUCGUCAAAGGCAAACCGUUCAAACCGGAGCCUGCCACCCGCGACCUGCUCGACAAGGCAGCGAAAACCGCGAGCAAGAUCGGCCAUGCCAUUUCUUACACGCCGCAAACCAUUGUCGCCAAUGGCACCUGGUAUCCGGAUCGCAAGUGGUUGAACGUAUUCCCCGGCAAUGCGACGUUCACCGCCGACACCUUCAAUUACAUCGACCCGCGCACCGGUUUUUUCACCAAUGCCUACUCGGCGAGUCCGGGCAUGGCGGUGAACAUGGAAAACGUCGGUGCCAAGUACCCGGCCACUUUCGUCGAUGCCAAAGGCCAAUUCCUUUCUGGCAGCAACAGCUACUUGCUGAACCUGCCCAAAGGCAUUCCUGCGGCGUUGUUCUGGUCGGUGACGGCGUAUGACUCGAUCACCGCAUCAGGCCUGGAUAACGGCCAGCCGUUCCCGUCGCUGAACACCAUGGACAAGCCCGUCACCAACGCCGACGGCUCGAUCGAUGUGCAUUUCGGCCCGAACUCACCGGGCUCCGGCAAAAACUGGAUCAAAACCCUGCCGGGCGAAGGCUACUUCGUGAUUCUGCGGUUAUAUGGCCCGACCAAGGCGUUCUUCGACAAGGCAUGGAAACCGGGGACU